AUGGCAACCACAAAUGGAGCUUUCCCAUUUCAAAAGCUUGCAAAGGAGAACUAUGAUCGAUGGAGCAUACAAAUGAAAACUUUCCUUGGUGGACAAGACGUUUGGGAAACCGUUGAAGAAGAGUAUGUUGAACCGGAGAAUUUGGUUUCGUUAAGCCAAGCCCAAAGGAAGACAUCCAAAGAAGCCAAGCAAGCAUGGGAUAUUCUUAGCGAUGCUUUCAAAGGCAUUGAUAAGGUGAAGAAGGUACGACUCCAAUCACUUCGUGGAGAGUUCGAGUCUUUGAAGAUGAAAGACUCCGAAGAUGUUUCCGACUACGUCUCAAGGGUGGUUUCGGUCGUCAACCAACUUGAAAGAAAUGAGUCAAACGACGUUGAGACUCUUAAAGUGAACGAGGUAUUGGGCAAGUUAAAAGUCCAUGAGGAAAAGAUCAAGAGGCGAAACAAAGGGCCCGAAGUAGAACAAGCCCUUCAAGCAAAGACGAACCUUGCCGACCAACCGAAAUAUGAUGGUGCUCGAUUUCGAGGUAGAGGUAGAGGCCGUGGUCGUGGACGCGGUCGUGGUCGUGGCAUAGGUCGUGAAGGAAAAUCCUCGUACGACAAUGAUGAUACGAAGCAAGAGAAUCGACCAACAAGAGGUCGUGGAAGAUGUGGAUUCAAUCGGCGUCAAGACAAGAACGAUGCCGAAUGUUACAAAUGUCACAAAUACGGACAAUAUGCUUGGGAGUGUCAAAAUGAGUCAAGUGAUGAAAAGACUCAUUAUGUUGAAACAACGGAAAAAUAA